AGUCACUAGCAGACAGUCCGUCCGUCAGUCUUCGAUCGUUCUUCGCUUGAGUCAGUUCCUUAGCAUCGUCAUCAGUAUGUCGAUAGUGCAGCUGGUGAUUCUGCUCGUCACACCGAUCAUCCUGUUGGUAGUCUACGUGAAACAACGGUAUUCCUUCUGGUCCCGUCAAAAAGUGCCCUUCAUCGAGCCACUAUUUCCGUUAGGAUCAUUCCAAAAUGUGCACAACAAAUCUUUCGCCGAUAUUUCCCGGGAACAGUACAACCAGAUGAAGGAUAGGGGACCAUUCCACGGAUUGUAUUUCCUCCUGCAACCACUCGUUGCUAUUACCGAUCUCGAUCUGAUCAAAACGGUCACCAUCAAGGAUUUCAACUAUUUCCCCGAUCGUGGAGUGUUUCAUAAUCCGAAGCGCGAUCCUCUCAGUGCUCAUCUCUUCUCCAUCGAGGGUAACAAAUGGCGCACGCUGCGAGCCCGACUGACACCCACGUUCACAUCGGGCAAGAUGAAGAUGAUGUUCCCAACAUUGGCCGCCGUUGGGGACAACUUCUCGGCGUUCCUGGUAAAGACGGUCGCUGAGGGGCGGGAGCUGGAGAUCAAGGAUUACGUGGCACGCUUCACGACGGACGUGAUCGGUAGCUGUGCCUUCGGGAUCGAGUGCAACAGCUUCGAGGAUCCAAACAGUCAGUUCCGGAAGUUCGGUGGGCUGAUUUUCGACAAACCAAGACACUCCCAACCGGUGCGUCUCUUUCUGAAACUUUUCCCGGAGGUGGGUCGGCGACUGGGCAUGAAAUCGCUGCGGGACGAACCGAGCCAAUUUUUCGGCAGGUUGGUGAAGGAUACGGUGGAUUAUCGCGAGAAGAAUAACAUCACGCGUAAGGAUUUUAUGAGCUUACUGAUCGAGUUGAAGAAUACCGGAGGACAGCUGACGAUCGAUGAGGUUGCGGCACAGGCGUUUAUAUUCUUCGGUGCCGGAUUCGAGACCUCCUCAUCCAAUCAGACGUUCUGUCUGUAUGAGCUGGCAUUGAAUCAGGAGUGUCAGGAGAAGGCCAGAAAGUGUGUUCAGGAGGCUCUCAAGAAGCACGGAGGAUUGACGUACGAAGCGGUGUCCGAUAUGGCUUAUCUCGACCAGUGCAUUAAAGAAACACUUCGUUUGUAUCCAUCCCUCCCGGUGCUGGAACGGAAAACGGUGCAAAAUUAUCGAAUCCCUGACAGUGACGUUGUGAUUCCAAAGGGCAUGAAGGUUCAAAUACCCGUCUUCGCGAUCCAUCGAGAUGAGCAGUAUUACCCGAAUCCGGAAGUGUUCGAUCCCGAUCGUUUUUGUCCGGAUGAAGUGGUCAAACGCCAUAUUUGUUCAUUUCUGCCAUUCGGGGAAGGCCCACGCGCCUGUAUUGGACUGCGCUUCGGGAUGAUGCAGUCUAGGGUGGGACUGGCGACCAUUUUGAGUAAUUUCAAAUUUAACAUUUGCCCGAAAACGGCAGUACCUCUGCAGUAUUCAGCCAGUGCGAAUGUGCUGCAACCAAAGGAAGGUUUGUGGCUAAAAGUUGAGCCACUCUAGUAAUGAUUUUUAAAUAUUUUUUUCCGACAUUCUCGUAUAAUCAAUAAAGCGAUAAAGGCUGUCAAAAACGAAUACAAUAA